AUGACAUUUGUCCCAAAAAGCCCACAUAUUCUGGAAAAAUGGAUUCGAAUUUUGGGCGAAGAAUUUCGAGAUGAAAUUAAGAAGAAUAAGGUGAUUAAUAUGAUUUGUUUGACACAUUUUGAUUUGCCCGAAAAUUCACGAAAACGUGGAGCAAAUCAGUUGCCGAAAUUGAAAAAUGGAGCGAAAAAUCGAAUGAAAUGUGCUUUGGAUUUUGAAAUCGGUGUGAGUUUUUUGUAUUCGAGCGGAGCGAGUGUAACUUCAUAGAUUAGAAUAAGUUAGGGUAACUUAGCUCUCGUUAAUUUUUUCAGUCAACCCGUCAAUGUCAAUAUUGCCGAAAAUCAAUAAAUCAAGGAAAAAUGACACAUAUUCCAAAAUCACCGAAAAUUCUCGAAAAAUGGGUCGAAAUCUUGGGCGAGCAAUUUUUGGAAAAUGUCAAGAAAAAUAAUGGAGGAAUGAUUUGUUUGACGCAUUUCGAUUUGAAACCGGGAAAAAUGAACAGAGGAGCGAGGAAUUUGCCGAAAAAAAUGGAAAAUGAAGAAAAGGUUCGAUUUUUUUAUUUUGAGUAGAGAGAGAGAGAGACAACGUGAAAUUAUGAGAGCGCAGACAAAAUAAUUAAUUUUUCUUUUUUAUCUACAAAAUAUCAAUCAAUUCAUCUUCAUCAGAUAGUAAUUCUUCUUGAUUUCUCGACAUAAAAACUAAUCUGAGCAACAUAAUGAAUCCUUCAAUAGUUCUUUCCAAACAAUCAAGUACGUCACGUGGAAUUUGUCGAAUAUUCCGAGGAUGUCUAAAAAAAUUUAUGGAUUGUUUUGCUUUCAUAAAAGUUCAUAAAACUUACGAAACAACUGCAAUCAAUAUAAUCAAAAUAGUGACUAAUUGCAUUUCUGAAUCUGGAGUUCGUCUUUGAAAUGCAAAAAUAGUUGUCCAAACAGAAAUUAUGAAGAUAAUUAGUGGAAGUGGAUCUUCGUCUCUUUGAGAAUCGCUUGCAGAAUUUCGUGGUGAAAUAUCCAUUUUUUAGGAAUUGAAAAGACUAACAAGAUUUGACGAAAACUGGGAAAAUGCCAAUUUUUGCACGCCAAAUAGUGUUAGAAAAGUGGGCGGGGCAUGUGAAUAUUUGGUGUACGGUAUUUGGGAAGUUAUCGGGUUUCACACAUUGUCUACCUGAGAAUUCCAAAAAAGUUGGUUUCGAGAAUUUUCAGAAUUUAAGCCUGAAAAUAUGAAUUUCAAACUAAACAAAACAUUUUGAUCUCUAGGAAAAUUUUACAGAAUUCUAGAUUUUCUGAAAUAAAAAAAUUGUUUUUUUCAUAUAUAAAAAAUUUUAGAAGCAGAAGCCAAGAUUAAAAAUGAAAUUUUUAUUUUUUUCAGAAUCUGAUGCCUAUGCUCAGUCCAAGUCUUCCACCACAAAAAAUCAAAACCGAACAAAUUUCUCCAGUCAAAGUGGUAAAUUCCCCGCUUUUUUCUUAUUCAAUUUCCUAUUUUUUUUCCAGAAAAGCGAGCCGAUUUCCUCAUUUCCUUGUCGAUUUUGUGGCAUGGAAUCGAUCGAAGAGAAUUCGAUGACCGAAGUUCCGAUAAAUCACGAUGAAAUUAUGAAAUGGCUCGAACUUCUGGGAGCCCAGUUUUCAGCAAAUCUCAUCCAACAUUGUUCACCUCAUUUUGUUUGUUCGAUUCAUUUGAAAAAUGUAUAG